AUGUUAUUGACCAUUUUCAUACCUACAAUAUAUUGUGCAGACUAUUGCAAGGCCAAGCAUAACAUUCCAACGCCGAUGGCAGACAAGAAACUUAGAUUUAUUUCUAUUGUUACUGAUCCAGGUUUACUCACACCGAGACAAUCUUACUUAAAGAAAGAUAAACUCGGUGUUUGGAACUGCAAUGAAGAUGACAACAAUGGAUUCCGUACAAGAAUUGCACCAUCUCUUCAAUAUCGCCAUUAUCAUCAAGUUGUUGAUCCACUUUAUGCAGAAUAUCCAAAGAACUGCAGAUGGAACGAUCUUACAGUUCAAGGACGUAAGAAUUCCUUUGAAUUAGGUGAAAUUUACAGAACAUAUUUAGUAAAUAAUCUCAAACACAUCCCAGAAAAGAUGAAUCCAAGAAUAUUCCGUUUCUUCUCAGCCCCUGAUGACUGCUCAUUCCAUUCCGCUCAGUCAUUCCUCAAUGGAUUCUAUCCUCCACUCUCUGAUAACGAAAUCUUAUCAAUAGAAACAGCUGAUGAGAAAAACUCACCACUCAUGGUUUCUCAAUCAAUGUGCAAUGAUCUCAACAACAACUACAAGCAGUUUAUUGCAUCAGAAAAGUACCAAACAUUUUAUAAUGAAGCAAAGAAGGUCACAGACGCUGCUGUUCAGUCUCUUGGGGUAGAUCCGACACCAACCAAUACAAUAAAUGUUUGCAAAUGGGCCAUGGCCAUGAGUUGCAACGAUGAAUCAACUCUUCCAAAAGAAUUUACAAAAGAUGUCCUUCAAAAAUGCUUAGAAGUAUCAAGAUUCGAAACAUUGUCCUUCUACUUAUCGAACUCUACUGUUGCUGCUGCUCCUUUCUUCAAUCAUUUCUUCAAGUACUCAGAUAAGGCCAUUGGACUUAAUAUGCACGUAAAAGUUAAUUACCAAGCUGCUCGUAACAACGUUAUUGCAGCAAUUUGCUCUCUUAUUAAAUACGAAGGUGAUAUUCCAAUUGGAUCUCAUUUGGCAAUCGAAAUUUGGGAAGAUUCUGUACCUGACCAAUACAUAAGAUUUGUCCUCAAUGGUGAUGAGAUAUUUACUCAGCGUUAUGAUAAUUUCAGAGCAAAUAUUGAAUCUAAGAUCGAAGGUGUCUGCUCUGAGCAAGACAUUUAUGAUGAAUAG